CGUUCUGAUGUCAAAACGUCACUAAACCCCACGAAUGAAGAUCAGACGGUCGCUGAAAUGGCAAAUAAUAUUGCAACAGAGCUGAUGCAGCAUCUCACGGCGAAAAGCCUCCACCCCAAGUCAGGCUGGCUGCAAAGCUUCCUCGCAACCACACGCCCAAACACUGCACUUGCUGCACUGAAGCAGACAUGCCUCUUUCGUCUGCUAGCAACUGACAUCACUACUUCACUCGAUCAACCCGCAGCCUCGGUGUUACCAGAAGACGUGCUGCGUGGUACAGUUCAGGCGCGCUUCCUUGCAGGUCCAAUCGUCUGUCAAGUGCUCGACGUUGAAGACAUUGGCCAGUCACGCUGGUCACAAGUCGAAGCGAUCGAAUCUAGAGAACGUGGGGAAACGACCAAAGGCCGCGAAAUUAUUCGAUUGAUUGAGCCAGAAAACGAUGGCUCCGACCAGUCUGUUGCACCUGCUCAUAGCAAGGGCCCGUUCAAACUACUAUUACAGGACGCGAAAGGACUUCAAAUCUAUGCAUUGGAUCUUCGAGGUAUUGAAGGGCUCAACACGAACAUGAGCAUGGGUCUAAAGCUCUUGUUACGAAACAUUGAAGUGCGAAGAGCAGUGGUCAUGCUCGAACCAGGCAAUGUGCAAGUACUGGGUGGAAAGCUUGAGACGCUGGACAAAGCGUGGAAAGAUGGGCGCAAAGACAGAUUAAUUCAGGCGGCCAACGCUGGUGGUGAGCAUGCGGGGUGAACUGCAGCAGCCUUGGCUUCUCUGCAGGUGUCAACAUUCCAACAUCAGUACUAGCCUUGGUCGCACAUUGGGCAUUUACGUUAACGCUCUACAAACUCACCUGAUCUUUAUGCGUCACCUUUUCGUCUUG